AUGAUAACUCGAAAAGGAUCUAUCGGUAAAGAUAGCGAAAUCGCUGAUAGCUAUAUAUCGGAUAAAGAGACGUCUACACAUAGCAGAAGAUCCAAAACCGGUGGUGAAAAGACUAGUAAGGAAGAGGAAGAUGAAUGUAGAAAUGAAGAAGAGAAAGGAGACGAGAUAAAAAAUUUCACCUGA